AUGGACUACGAUGGAAUCAAGGAGCUUGCCCAGUUCACAAUGACAGGAUUCCAAGUGCUUAACUCAACGAAUAUGACACGUGAUCGUAAAGAAAUUCUAGAAGUUGCUCAUGUAAAGCUUCCCAAGAGUCUUCUGAAGCUUUUCAAAGCUGAAUCAAGUUUAGGCAACUAUUCGGCUCUAGAAGUCAGGUUCUACUUCGAAAGGCAUUUCGAAUACUUUCUUAUCAACUUCUAUGUACCAUGCACGUUGAUUGUACUUCUAUGUUGGGUAGCCCUUUGGACGAGUCGCGAAGCUACCGGAGAUCGUAUAGGAAUGGGCAUCACUUCUGUUCUUACCAUGGUGCUGAUUUCCAAUGACAGCAAAUCAGAUGUCCCUAAGGUGAACUUCCCAACCGCUUUGGAUAUCUACAUCUGGAUCUGUUACACAACACUUUUGAUAUGCAUGGUUGAAUUUACUGUAGUUCACUACUUCACCAAGUUCAACACCGGAGAUCCAGAGAUACAAGCAGUUGAAAGGGAGCGAAUGUGGCGAAUCAUUAGAAGAAUUCCUAGAACGGCUGUACUCAGCAAUCGUCGACCACCGAGAAAAUUCCAUAUCGAUCAUCUUCGGCCGCAGACAGGAAUGGGUCGCCGCACAGAUCCUUUCGGUCUGGCGCAAAAUUCUAUCAGCGCUGUAGAUUAG